UCCUCGAAAUUCUACCUAAUGCGCUCUGAUCUCAAUCCUAAUCUCCAUCUUCAAAAACCCACAACUUAAAUCCCCUUAUAAUCAAUACCCAUAUUCCAAAUUUUCCCAAUCUUGAUCAUCACUCUCUGAUUAAUCAGCUUCAAGAAUGAUCCAAUUGUUUGACUUUGACUUUUGAGAUUAAUUCCUUUCUUGUGUUGAAUUCAAGAAAUUGAGUUAUGGCAAUUCAAAAAGACAGAGUGAGGUUUAACGUUGGUGGUAAGAUCUUUGAAACCACCGCAACAACCUUAGCAAUCGCCGGCCGGGAUUCGUAUUUCGCGGCCAUGUUUGACGACAAUUGGGACCUCCAACCGAAUCCGGCCGGCGAAUACUUCAUUGACCGGAACCCGGAUUGUUUUGCAAUCCUGUUGGAUUUGUUACGAACUGGGGAACUUUACGUUCCCCCGAACGUACCUGAGAGACUCCUGUACCGGGAAGCCCUGUUUUACGGGCUCGCGGACCAUGUACGGUCAGCAAAAUGGGGACGGUUUGAUGGAAACCGUCUCCAUUUAUUAAAAUCCAUCACAGGGCGGGCCCCAGGCGACGGUACUGCUAUCAGAGCGUCGUCUGAGGGUGGCUGUUGUGUGGCACACGGAAGCAUGGUACAUAUUUAUGAUUGGAUGUUGGAAGAGCAUCCUCCAAUUAACCUGGAUUACCAACGGGUUAAUGAUGCGGGCUGGGUCGGCCCGGUUGAUCCGAACGGGCUUGUGAUCAGCACGUGUGAGCGGCUCGGUCGGGGUCAAGGAGGGAUGGGGUUGUUUAAUUCAACAACGGGGGAGUUAAGGUACAAGUUUAGUGUGACACAUGAAAAUGUGGUUAAAAGUUAUACCGCUGGUGCGUUGUGUUUUAACGACGGUUAUAACUUGUUUUCAAGUUGUAAAGGGAGGAGUAACGAGUACGGGAUUGGAGUGUGGGACCAAAACACGGGUCAACAAGUCGACUUUUUUUACGAGCCGCCUGGGUGGUCGCUUGGAGAUGCGGAUAAGCUGCAGUGGUUAAACGGGUCGAAUUGUUUGUUAGUAGCCACUUUGUUUCCUAGGAAAGACAAUUGUUACAUUAGCUUGUUAGACUUUAGGUCAAAGUCAAUGGUUUGGUCGUGGUCUGACAUGUGGUCUCCGGCCAACAGCGAUGACCGGAGGGUCCGGGAUGCUAUAGCCAUGGAAGAAAAUGGCUCGAUAUGUGUAGUCAAUGAGUUCGAGGAUUUAGGGUUUAUGGACUUGAGGCGUGACUCGGGUUCCGUUAGAUGGAGCUCACGGAGUCGGAUAAUGAAAGGGAAAAUGCCCGACGAGCCAUGUUACCCAAAACUAGCGUUACACGAGGGUCAACUGUUUUCGUCUAUGAACGAUUGCAUUUCGGUGUUUUGUGGGUCGGAUUGGGUUCUAACCUCGAGGCUUAAACGGAGUUUUGGUGGCUCGAUUUGUGAUUUUUCGAUUGGGGGAGAUCGGCUUUUUGCUUUGCAUAGCGAAGAAAAUGUGUUUGAUGUUUGGGAGACUCCGCCUCCAAGCAUUGUGUGAAUUUGUGUGUUUCUGUUUCAUUGUGUUAUUAGUUAUAGUUAUUAUUAGUUGCUAAUCAUAGAGAAUUAAAAGAGCAAAGUUACACGAAUAUAUGAUUCACAUUUUUGUUUA